GGUAUUACAUGUACAAAAAUACUGUACACUAUAGUAUACCACACAGCUGUGUGCAUGGGAUUAAUGUAGGCCAACUUUCGAACGACCGAUCGAAGUUCAGACCGCCUGACGAGGACAGUAACUGUUGUUUGGUUUUGGUAUCUCCCUCCAUCAUCCAUGAUUGGAUUUUGUUAGGAUAACAACAGAAAAUGCGACGCAAUCGCAAAGUGAUUUUGCUGGUUUGCAUAGGGCUAUGCCUCAUUGCUGGUGUGCAGUACGUACGGUUUAAACGGGAAAAAGCUGACAGGAAAAUGGCGCCAGAGAUCAGGAGGAAGGGUGCAGAGGUGCAGCAUACGGAUCUGGGCAGAGCUGGUUCGAACCAGUUGAAACCAGAUCAGACCGGUAAGGAGCUGAGGGUAGCACUGAUUUCUCAGCUGUCUCAAAACAAAUCAGUAGGUUCGGGAAGCGGGUCUACUGGUAACAACACAACGAAAAAGGGUUUUGGGCAGACGUACUACAAGUGGAAUGACUUGGUUAGUCAUAGUUGGAAAACCCUACCCCUGAAGAAAUCCAAAAAAGGUUCUCUCGUGCCUGGGUUGACUCGAGAGGAGGCCACGAAAGCUGUGAUAUACACCAGAAUACCCAAGACCGGCAGUCGGUUCAUGCUAGAUCUGAUCAGAUCAGCGGCCGAUAAGAACAAAUUCUACAUGAUCUACUCGGUCGUGUUCAACCACAGCGGUGUCAUUCAGGACAGAUUUGCGCGGGCCGUGGGUAGAAUUCGGCCGCCCUUCCUUCUGGCCAGGCAACUGUUCUUCAUUGACUUCACUGAAUUCAAGAUGGCGCAGCCCACGUACUUCAGCAUGAUCCGAGAUCCCGUCGACCGCUUGGUGUCCUCCUUCAACUUCAACCGUUUCGGUGACGGCACGCGCAACAAAUGGCACAAGAUGUUCAGAGGAAACAAGAAUUUGACUCUAGACGAUUGCAUCCUACACAACGAAACCGAAUGCAGCAUUGAGAGCGCGUCGGUCACCAUCCGUUACUUUUGCGGCCACGACCUGCGAUGUAAGACACCCUCUGAUUGGUCGCUUGGACGCGCCAUGGUAAACGUCAUGCGUUAUUACUCGGUGGUCGGCUUGACGGAAGACUACGAUGGCACGCUGAAAGUUCUUGAGAAACGUCUUCCGCAUUUCUUCAAGGGAUUGCCCGGAUUGUACACACGGGCAAAUGGCAAGAUCAAAACGGCUUCCAAGAAAAAGUACAGACCAUCACCAGUAGCUGAGGAGGUUUUGCGCCAAAGACUUCACCUGGAGUACACGUUUUACAAUUUUGUAAAGAGUCGGCUACAUAAUCUUAAGAAGGCACUAGCAAUUUGAUCAUCGCGGGUGAAACACGGCUCUCUUUAAAAGAAGGUUUCCCACUCUAUAAAUUUCUAUUUUUGUAACAAUUCAUGAGUUCAAAUUUGAAUGAGACCUCGACAAAAACUUCGCUCACAUUUUUAGUUCUUGAAUUAUUACUUAUUACAAAUUUCGAAUUACUUGCGGCCCGACAAUAAUUCCAUUCUCGCUAGAAGGCUGGUUCCCGCCCCAUAAUCCGUAUAUUAGUGUACUGACCGGAAACCAGUCUGCUCGUAAGGCAGCCCCUUUUGUUGCCAAGAUAAAAACCCCUUUUCCAGAGUGUUGCUAAUACCCGUGGGAUUUUGUUUGGAGUUGAAAUAAUGUACAAGUUGAAAAUAAUGAAGAGAACAAAAAAUCGAAUUCAUUAAGAGAGCGCGGGUGAUACAACUUCAAACGAACAGGGUGAGUUAAAUAAGGGAAACCCAAAUGGCAGGACCAUUUUCUUUAUAAAGAUUUGCAUGUAGCACUUUCAAAACCUA